AUGCCGAGAGAAAAACCGUCCACCAGGUCGAGACUGGGAACGUACGUGAAACUUUUUGGUGAGGAGAUACUCUCCUCUGACGGUCAAGUUUUAUUCUGCAAAGUCUGUGAACGAGAAGUCUCAGCUGAUAAGAAGUUCUUAGUUAUGCAGCAUGUGAAUGGAGUCCGACACAAAUCGUCGUUGAACAAAAAGAAAGAGCAGUCAAAUUCCUCCAGCGUUCCUCAGAUUAUUCCAUACCUCGAGGCAUCGGGCAAGAAAUCUCAAUUCAAUCUGGAUCUUUGCGAUGCAUUCUUGUCAGCCGGCAUACCCUUGUAUAAAUUGGACAAUCAAAAGCUGCGAGCUCUCUUCGAAAACUACGUUCACGGCAAAUUCAUUUGGCUUUCCGUGGAUGAAACCACGGACGCCACGGGUCGCUUCGUGGCUCACGUAGUGGUCGGCACCUUAGAAGCCCAGGCAAGCAAAUCUUUCCUCCUGCACGCCGAAAAUCUCGAAGCGACAAACAGUACGACGAUCUCUCAGGUCUUCAUGAACUCAUUAAGACUUCUCUGGCCGGAACAAGUUGAGCACGACAAGGUUCUAUUGUUCGUGUCGGAUGGUGCAGCCUAUAUGAAAAAGGCAGGCAAGGCCCUCAAGGUCCUUUUCCCGAGAAUGUUACAUUUGACUUGUACAGCGCACGCGGUGCAUCGAGUAGCCGAAGAAAUCCGGCUCGUCUUCCCCGAUGUUGACAAACUCGUCGCGCACGGCAAGAAGGUUUUCCUUAAAUCCGCUUCCAGAGUCACGAAAUUCCGAGAGAUGGUUCCCAAC